AUGGAUGGUUUAGUCCUGUCCGCGCCCAACAGCUCCCAGUCCAUUUUUCUCUCUGAUGAACGAGGAGAGAGACAGCACGCUGUCAUCUUCUUCGCCGCCACUGCCAGCAACGGUAAAUCUCCUGCUCAAAGUCACCCUCGCUUCGAUAUGGCAGAGGGGAGCAUUCGACAGCUGUCGACCAUAACAUCCUCCUUAUCCAGCGCCUCGACACCAUCGGACUCUCGUCUCCGCCUGAGCUGGUUCCAGUCCUACCUGUCUGAAAACAGAGUACGUCUCCCCUUGGGAGGUGCGAGGUCCAGGCACACCCCUGUCCACCUGUGGGUCCUCAAGGGUCGCCGGUCCUCGGCCAAUCUGUUCACCAUUUGGAACAUUGCAAAACUCCGUCCCACACUCUCCCUGUCAGGUGCUGAACAACUGGUCCAUGCCUUUGUCUCCUCAAGGCUCGAUUACUGCAACGCUCUCCUCAUCGGGACUCCUAGCGGGAGCAUUCAGAAGCUCCAAUAUGUACAGAACAGUGCCGCUAGGAUCCUGAUGAGGGUGAGAAAAUACAGCCACAUCACACCCGUCCUUCAUUCCCUCCACUGGCUUCCUGUCUCAUUCAGGAGCGAAUACAAGAUCGCACUACUGACCCAUCAAUGCAUCCACGGGAACGCUCCUCCAUACCUGAAGGAACUUCUCAAAUCACAAACCUCCACACACAACCUCCGCUCCACAACCAACCAUCGGCUUCGCCCCCCCGAGGACCAAACUCCGCACAAUGGGGGAUCGGGCUUUCUAACAAAUAAAACAGAUAACAGUGCAGGACUAGUUCUGGAUCCACUAACCCCCCCUGUCCUCUCUCAGGUGGAGCAGUAUGGAAACCUGAUCUUCCACGGGCUGGAGGGCAGCUGUCUGGAGUUCAUCGCCAACCUGGUGGCUCGCUGCAUCAAGUCAAAGCAGGAUGUGGGGGGGCUCGGCUGUGACGUGGUGAGGGUGGAGGUCGACGAGAGUCUGACCAAAGAGCAGCUGCUGGAGACCUUCAUCAGCUGUGGUUUCCUGGUGCCUGCGGGGGGGUCUGGCUCUCGCUGUGUGUUGGUUCUGCUCGAGGGUCUGGAGAGAGCCUCGUCUCUCAGCGGCCUGAUGGGAGAUCUCUGCCUCAGCCUGGACAGCCGGGGGUCUGGGGCUCCGCUACAUCUGAACACAGGUCCGCACCACUUCUCUGAGAGCAGCUUCCUGAUUGGCACGCUGUCGAGGCCCCGCCUCCAGGGCCCCGAGCUGAGGCUGCAGCAGCAUUUCCGCUGGGUGACGCUGCGCUGGGAUCAGGAGCCGCUGCAAGGCAUGCUGGGAAGACACCUCCGCAGGAAGCUGAUCCACAAGACGGGGUCCUGUCUCCCCUCCCCCUCCUCCCCCCUUCAGAGCUCUGUAUUGUGGGUGAGGGACGUGUGGCAGCAGCUGAACGCCUGUCUGUCUCGUCUCGGGACCCCUGAGGCUCUGAUUGGUCCCCAGCUCUUCCUGUCCUGUCCUGUUCUGCCCGGCAGCACACAUGCCGUCAUCAGGUGGCUGUCCCGGCUCUGGAACGCCGUGGUCGUCCCCCGCGUGGAGGAAGCUGUUAUCGCCCGGGUAACGGCCAGACGCUCCUCGACAACCACCUCUACAUCCUCAACGUCGUCGCAGAGACCGUCUCUUAGCAACACUUGUCUCAGCGCCGGGCAACAGGCCGUGGUGAAGGCGGCUCUCAGCAUCCUCGUCAACAAGGCCGUGCUGCAGGGCUGCCCUCUGCCCAGACACGGUGAGAACAACAGGUACCUGUCAAUCUCUGCAGCAGAUUUAGGGGAAACACAAUAUAGAUCAGAGUCCGAUUACGAUGGCCAGACAGGCANGAGCUCCGGAGGCUCCUUCAGAGAGGGUUCGCUCUCCAGCACUGAUGUCAGCUUCAUCCCCAACGGCAAAGUCCAGAGGGAGCCCACCGGUCUGUCUGUGUUCUCUGACGACGAGACAGAUUUAAUCCGAGAGCUGCAGACCAUGUGCUCCAGCAAGUCAGAGCCAGACAUCAGCAAGAUCUCUGAGACCAAAGACGACCUGAUCCUGUUCUCCAGCUCCUCCCAGAAGGCCGAGCGGGAAACGCCCGUCCAGACGACAGCCCCGUCCCCCUGCAGCCCGGUUGCCGUGCAGAGCAGCGAGCGACGAUCAGGCCCCGCCCCCCGCUCCAAAUCCCAGCUCCCGGUCCCCAGCAGCAGCAGGGGGGGGGCGGGGCUUCAGACCCGAACCCCCCCGACCCGCAGCAGGACAAAACAGACGCCCCCCACCCCAAACAGCAGCAGCAACAACAACUACUACUACAACAACAACAUGAACGAAAACAGCCAAUCAGAAGAGGACAUUUGGAUCCUGCAUGAAAACAACAACAACAAGUGAACAGCUCCCAUCCUCUAACCCCCCAGCUGUGAAACCCCCCCCUCCCUCCAUGAUGUAAGACUACGACGACUCUUAGUAUUUGUACUUGUAAUCCGUACUUGUUACACUGUACUGCAGUUGUGUACUUGGGGACCACAGUUUUAUCCUAUCACAGUAUUUGAAGUAUUUGUUUUGGUCUGGUAAAGGAAUAAAAAAAUAAAGGUUACUUUUACUGUUACCUCAUUCCAGGGUCUAAACAACCUGCUAAUGAUGGGACAGUAGAAUAAGUUGUAAAGUAUUUAACUGGUGGAAACUGCAGUAUUUCUGUGUACUUAAAAGAGAAAUACUGAACGUGUUUUUGGAUCAAAGAAAGCAGGUUUUAAGUUUCUUUUUAUGGCUAUUAAGUAUUUUGAGAAGUGUUUUAUCUUUAAAUAGGUUGGUUUAAAUACUGUUGAGAUAAUCAGGGUUUUACCAAAUAUAUUUGUACAUAAGAAUUAGUAAAUGCUCUAUAGAUUGGUGUACGUGGUAUGACGCUUGUACAGUGACGAUUAAAAACCUUAAAGCUGAAAAAAAGUGAGAAGUUGUACAUAGUGUUUGUAAAACCAGUUUCUGAACCCUUCACUUGUUUCAGAGUGGAGCGGCCGUGGCAAUAAGUAAUAGAUCUGUAAAAACACAGGAUGUCCUUUCAACUGUAAGCCAUAAUAAAUAUUUUAAAUGCCCGUCAUUUCCCCGAGUCAUGUUUAAGUCAUCAUUUAUUUUACUGGUUUCAAAUGUGUUUUCUCCGUAUGUUUUUACUUUUUACAGGACAUUGUUUGUAUAUAAAUAUACAUAUGUACAGGAGAGGUUUUAGUCUGUAGCUGUUUGGAGUUUAGACAAUUGUCUUUCAAGCACACACAUUAAA